AUGUUGCCGUCCAUCGCGUUAUUUUUACUCCUUUUAUCUCCAUCGAGGAGCUCGAGGCUGUGUAGUCACCUCUGCCGGUGCUAUGAACACUCAGACCUGGUGGACUGCCAUUCCAGAGGUUUUGAGGACGUCCCACAUGGACUUCCCCAUGGCACCUGGCUCCUAGAUCUAGGAGGAAACAAGCUCAAGGUGAUCCGGAGCCGAGCUUUUGCUGGCCUUUGGUCUUUGCGUAUUCUAGUGCUGUCAGACAGCAGCAUCCAGGCUGUUCAAACACAGGCUUUCUUCUCUCUGUCCUUUCUGGAGAAGCUAGACAUGAGCCGUAAUAACCUCACUCAGAUCCCUCCUAACUUCUCUGAGAGCCUGUCUUCCCUGCGUGAGUUACGUCUGGACCACAAUGCACUGUUGCUCUUGAAACCUCCAGGCCUUGAGCAUCUGGAAAACCUUGAGAAGCUAGACCUCAGCCACAAUCGCAUCCAAUCUCUUGAACCAGGGGUGUUCCGUGGCCUGUCCCGCCUGCGCCACCUUUUCCUCCAAGGAAACCACCUGGGUGUUGUGCAAGACGGAUCCCUCACCAUGCUGCCUGCCCUGGAAGUUCUUCUCCUGGGGAACAACAACAUCUCUCGGAUUGAGGUAAAUGCACUUGCACCUUUGCACAGUCUGUCUCUGUUGGGUUUGGAGGGGAAUCAUCUGGAACAUCUAAACUUCAAGACGUUCCUCAGCUUACACACGGCUGCUACGCACCUGCAGUUGGCUGGGAACCCGUGGAACUGUGACUGCGACCUGCACCGUGUCUUCAGCAAGCUGCUCAGCGUGCGGCACCUCCUCGUGGACGACUAUCGCAAUGUAACUUGUCGGGAGCCUUGGCAGCUCGCCGGAGCCUCUUUGGCUUGGGUGGACAGCCAGUUGUGUGUGGCUGAGACCGUUACUGUGUUAGUCAUCACUGCUACUGUGAUUGUGACUGUUUUUGGUGCCUUGAUCAUGGCCGAGAGAAAACGCAAGAAACGAAAAUACUGGGAACAGAAUGAGGAGGAACCGCAAGAGCAGUAA